GGGCCGGGGCCGGGCCGGGCCGGGGCCGCGACCACCAUGGCGGGGCCCGGCUGGGCGCCCCCGCGCCUCGACGGCUUCAUCCUCACCGAGCGGCUGGGCAGCGGCACGUACGCCACGGUGUACAAGGCCUACGGCAAGAAAGAUACCCGGGAGGUGGUAGCCAUCAAGUGUGUGAGCAAGAAGAGCCUGAACAAGGCCUCGGUGGAAAACCUGCUGACGGAAAUCGAGAUCCUCAAGGCUAUCCGGCACCCCCACAUCGUGGAACUGAAGGACUUCCAGUGGGACAAUGACAACAUCUACCUCAUCAUGGAAUUCUGUGCCGGGGGCGAUCUGUCCCGCUUCAUUCGGACCCGCCGGAUCCUGCCCGAGAAGGUGGCUCGCAUCUUCCUGCAGCAGUUGGCCAGUGCCCUUCAGUUUCUGCAUGAUCGUAAUAUCUCUCACCUGGAUCUGAAGCCCCAGAACAUCCUGCUGAGCUCCCUGGAGAAGCCUCACCUCAAACUGGCAGACUUUGGCUUUGCACAGCACAUGUCCCCAUGGGAUGAGAAACACGUGCUCCGAGGGUCCCCGCUCUACAUGGCCCCCGAGAUGGUGUGUCGGCGGCAGUACGACGCCCGGGUGGACCUCUGGUCUGUUGGAGUCAUCCUGUAUGAGGCCCUUUUCGGCCAGCCACCUUUCGCCUCCAAGUCAUUCACAGAGCUGGAGGAGAAGAUCCGUAGCAACCGAGUCAUAGAGCUUCCCACUCGACCCCAGCUCUCCCGAAAUUGCCGAGACCUCCUCCAGCGGCUCCUGGAGCGGGACCCUGACAGGCGCAUCUCUUUCAAGGACUUCUUCAGUCACCCCUUUGUAGACCUUGAGCAUAUGCCAAGUGGGCGGAGCCUAGAGCAGGCGACUGCUCUGGUUGUGGAUGCUGUGAAGAAGGACCAGGAAGGAGAUAUCUCAUCUGCCCUGUCUCUCUACUGCAAAGCUCUAGACUACUUUAUUCCAGCCUUACACUGUGACCUCCUCACCCCCAUUCCUUUCUCAGAUGAAGUGGAUGCCAGGCGUAAGGAGGCGAUCAAGGCCAAGGUGGGACAAUAUGUGUCAAGGGCUGAGGAGCUCAAAGCACUGGUUAACUCCUCCAACCGGGCCCUUCUGCAGCAGGGCACCUGUGCCCGAGACCUCCUCAAAGAAAUGGCCAGAGACAAGCCACGACUUGUGGCUGCCCUGGAGGUGGCUUCAGUGGCUAUGGCCAAGGAGGAGGAAGGCCAGGAUGAUGGAGAUGCCCUGGACCUGUACCAGCAGAGCCUUGGGGAACUGUUAUUGCUUUUAGCAGCCGAACCUGCUGGGAGGAGGCGGGAGCUGUUACAUGCCGAGAUCCAGACCCUGAUGGGGCGAGCAGAGUACCUGAAGGAGCAGAUCAAGAUGAAGGAGACCCGAUGGGAAGCUGCAUCAGUGGACAAAGAUGGGCUGUCUGAGUCUGUCCGGAGCUCCUGUACUCUGCAGUGACCUGUGGGCCUGACAGCCAGCCCUGUCCCCCAUCCUCUGUGGGCCCUCUGGAGUCCUGUCACCAGAUACAAGCCUUGAGGAGGAUGGCAGGGGGGAGGGGGCUGGGCAGAGAAAUGUGGCCCUCUGGGAGAUCAGGGCACAAACAAUCCUGGAGAGAGUGGUCCUGUGGGGGAGGGACUCUGGGAAUGAGGGCCCCAUUUCUGGCCAACAAGGUCCUUCUGUCUGCUGGAGUUCCUAAUCUCAUUCCUGUUUUCCCCCUACAGUAAACUCUUAGUUAGGGCCAGGCCCUAAGGGGAGUCCCUGCAAGAAGAGGGUUCUGGAAUCCUGACCCCAUCCCCUCCUGCCACCUGGGCUAACACUGGGUGCUUUCUUUUCUGAGUGGGCUGAGUUCUCUGGCAGUUAUUUCUAAGCAUGGCUGGGGGGCUUCUCGAUUAUUCCCCCCCCCUCCAUUUCUUUUCCCCUCUCACUCCCCAAACCCACUAGAAGGGCCGAGAUGUACAACUGGUGAUUGUCCUCUUGACAUUUUUCUCCUUUGACCUGGAGAUCUUUUAUUUAGAUCUUAGGAGCCUGGUUGGGGCCUAAUGAUCUGGGCCACACUCCCUGGCCAUGGCCAAACUGACCCUCCCAGGGACUGGGGAUAGUGAAACUGACCUCACUUUGCUGCCCCAGAAACCCUUCUCAGAGGUUAAAGAAGGGGCCUGGUUUUGUUGUUUCAUUCAGAUCUGCUUUCCUAAAUGGGGUGUGGGCCCUCUGCAGAACACCUGGUCAUGGUGCCCAUCACUAACCUGGCCAAGCCCAGCAAGGCCACUCUUCCUAGCUCUGUGCUAAAUCCUCAUCCUUGGACCCUUCCCUCUGGACUCUCCUGGCUGGUGCCCAUGGCAUUAGCCAGAGUUAGUAUGCACUGAGACCCCCACUCAGGGUCCCCUUUCCCCUUGGAAUCAGAGCAUCCUUCCCAAACAGCUAGUUGUAUUAGCUGUGUCAGAGACAAUCUUGGCUUAACAAAAUAAUAAUCCUUUAAACUUGAAACCUCAUCUCUACUUACUGUGAGAAGUCAGCUCAGUGGCAUGUGUGUGGUGGUAGAGGAAGUGACCAGGAGGUGGCAGACUGAUUUUAAAAACUGGAUCUCAUCUCCAGGAAGCAAGGCAUCGGUGUGGGGAAUUGGGGAGACUCUCCUAAGCCCGGAAUGCAUCACUUCCCCACCCCAAAUCCAGUGCAUGGAUAAAGGAAAUAGGCUUUGGGGGUGCUCGGGGCUACAGCGAUUGAAGGUGGCUGCUUGGUCUCUGUCUGAAUGGUUUCAGAUGCAGUUGAACUAGCCCUUGAUUGGCUGUGCGAUCUCCAGCAAGGCCUUUUGGACUUCAGUUUGGCCAUCUGUGAAAUGGGGGUGAUACUCGGCAUAUGCCGCCCUUGUCCCCUGGCCGGACAGUUAAAAGGAUUGAAUGAGAUGACAACACCCAGAGAGUAGGAAGUCCUUGGCCAGUGGGAGGCAGCAUCAUAAUUCCUGUGGGUUGGUUUAAAAACACCAGAAGCAAGCCCUGGAGAGAGUCCUGUAGUGACAAUAACUAACAUUUCCGUGCCGUUUGAAGCUUCCCAAAGGGCUUUGCACACAUCGCCAGUGGGGGAGGUGCUAUUUUUUCUCCCAUUGUGUAGAUAGGGAAAACUGAAUCCAAGAGAGGUAAGGUAGUGACUUAAUCUGGGGUCAUGUAGCUAGUAAGUGGCCGUGGCAGAAUUGCCCUCCUAUCCAUGGUCUGGUGAAAGAGAAUAUACUUUACUGUAGUUUUCUCAAUUAAAUUAUUUUCUAAAGUCA